AUGUGGAAUGCUCUAACAGAGGUGUGGGGAGCCCAUUAUAACAGCCCUUCGAGAAAUAAACAACAUACGAUCGAUGCCCAAAGAGUGUUGGCGACUCUCAAGCAGGGAAGGAUGACGAUGAGGAAAUAUAACAACAGUGCAACUCAGAUCAAGACAGAUAUUCCAUCAGUCUGGGAUUCUAUGUUAGCUAGCAGUUUUGUAAUAAGCAUUACAGACGUGUCAUUGAGAUUGCAUUUGAUAUCAAUAGGGAGCCUUAUCAAUGAGUUCACAUAUGUUGAAGACUUGGAGGUAGCAACACUAAUUGCAAGAGGUAGUGAAGCCAAUAUUGACAGAGAUGACUCGGAUUUGGAGAGUGAGAAGAAAGCCUAUGAUGAAGAUAAAGAAGAGUUAGAUUAUGAUAGAUUUGGAAGGAAGAAUGACAAGAAGAAGAGAGAGGCAGAGAGAGAGAAAGGAAGGUAG